CCGAGUGAUCAGAUUAGAGGUGUCAGGGUUCGUUAAUCUGUAAGGGAGGGACAGACUGCCACUCACGCUGGUUCCGCAAACCGCUCCCAUUCACCGGCGGCGGCAAAGGGGAGAGGAGCACAUUUGGUGUUGACGCGCGUCGGGGAAUUUCCCCCCAUUUACAAUGGAUACCUGCAGGGUACGAGCCUGGGUGUUUCUAGUCCUGUUAUGGCAGGACGGGUCUCUGGCAUCGCAGUUUCCGACACAGCUCAUGAUUAAAGAAUGGGUUGAUCAGAUGCAGAAAGAGCUCGUCACCCUGGCAGACACAGCGACAGCUGGGAAGAGUCUCAAUCAGAUUUUUCUGAGAAACCAACACCGGUACACUGUGGAGCAAAAUGACGCAGAGGAGCUGGUGGCCAGAGCAGCCAGGAACAUUGAACAGCUGCUGCGGAAGAGGUCUGCUGCCUUGGAGAAACUGGCUACAGCUGCUGAGAACUUCCAGAUGGAGCAUCAGUGGAGAGACGAGUUUGAGGAUGAUGAAAUCGCCUACUACAACGCAAAGGACAAUCUGGAUGCAAAUGAGACAGACGGAAGAAAAUACAGGCUUCGACCAGACUUUAAGGAGGACCCAUCGUUUAAACGUUUGACCGACCACAACCACACGGCUGUCCACAUCCCCACUGACAUCUAUGAUGGCUCCACCAUUGUGUUGAAUGAGCUGAACUGGACGGAGGCGUUGGAGGAUGUGUUUAAAAGGAACAGAGAGGAUGACCCGACCCUUCUCUGGCAGGUGUUUGGUAGUGCUACAGGCCUGGCUCGCUACUACCCAGCGUCUCCCUGGAUGGAUGCUCGCAAGACUCCCAGUAAAAUUGACCUGUAUGACGUACGCAGGAGACCAUGGUACAUCCAAGGAGCUGCCUCGCCCAAAGACAUGCUAAUCCUUGUAGACGCGAGUGGGAGUGUGUCUGGCUUGACUCUCAAACUGAUCAGGACCUCCGUCAGUGAGAUGCUGGAAACACUGUCUGAUGACGACUAUGUCAAUGUAGUUUAUUUUAACACCAGGGUGAAGAAGACGGCAUGUUUCGAACAUCUGGUACAAGCCAACGUGAGGAACAAGAAGUUGCUGAAGGAUGCUGUGCAGAACAUCACAGCCAAAGGAAUCACAAACUACACAAAAGGCUUUGAGUUUGCUUUUGAGCAGCUCUCUGCGACUAAUGUGAGCAGAGCAAACUGCAAUAAGAUCAUUAUGCUGUUUACUGAUGGAGGAGAAGAAAGAGCUCAGGCCAUACUGGAGAAAUACAAUGCUGACAAAAAGGUGAGGAUCUUCACCUUUUCAGUUGGACAGCACAACUAUGAUAAAGGACCCAUUCAAUGGAUGGCCUGCUCCAACAAAGGUUACUUCUAUGAGAUUCCUUCCAUCGGAGCCAUCAGAAUAAACACACAGGAGUACCUGGAUGUCCUGGGGAGACCCAUGGUUCUGGCAGACAAGCAGGCCAAACAAGUCCAGUGGACUAAUGUAUACCUUGAUGCUCUGGAACUGGGUUUGGUCAUCACUGGAACACUUCCUGUCUUCAAUAAAACCAAGACCAAAGAUGACAGGAAUGGCGAGCACCAGAAUCAGUUGAUUCUUGGCGUAAUGGGGAUUGACGUGUCUCUGGAUGACAUCAAGAAGCUCACACCACGUUUCACAAUUGGUCCAAAUGGAUACUACUUUGCCAUUGAUCCCAAUGGAUACGUCCUGCUGCACCCCAAUCUCCAGCCAAAGAAUCCUAAAUUCCAGGAGCCUGUCACCCUAGACUUUCUGGAUGCUGAGCUGGAGAAUGACAUCAAAGUGGAGAUCAGGAGAAUGAUGAUUGAUGGCGAGACAGGUGAACGCACCAUUCAGACUCUGGUGAAAACUCAGGAUGAGAGAUACAUAGAUCGGGGAGUUAGAACCUACACGUGGGCGCCUGUCAAUGGGACAGAUUACAGCCUGGCCCUUGUUCUGCCUAAGUACAGUGAACACUUCAUUCAAGCUAAACUGGGGGAUGACAUGAAACAAGCCAUGUCGAUGGAAACCAUACAGCUGGAGAGAUUUGAUGAGUUUGGUUACACCUACAUCGCUCCAAGGGACUACUGCAAAGAGCUGAAGUUAUCACUCAACAACACCCAGUUUCUCCUCGACUUCAACCAGUACAUUGAUAGGAACACUCCAGAUGCAUGUAAUGUGUCCCUUGUGAGUCGACUAAUCCUGGAUGCCGGUCUGACAGCUGAACUGGUUAAACUUUGGAACGAGCAGACAGUGGAUGGGAUCGUGGCCAGAUUUGUAGCCACAGAUGGAGGAAUCACACGAGUCUAUCCAAGAAGUGCCGGGGAAGAAUGGGGUGAGAGUCCUGAGACAUAUGAGUCCAGCUUCUACAAGAGGACCCUGGACAAUGAAAUUUAUAUUUUCACCGCUCCAUCUUUCAACACAGAGAGCAGAGAGCCUGUUUCUGAUUCAGGUAUCCUAGUGAGCAAAGCAGUGGAUCUCACUAUUGAUGAAGUCACGCUCAAACCAGCAGUGGUGGGAGUGAAACUCAAUGUGUCAUUCUGGAUGAACAGUUUCAUGAAUGCUACACUGAAACUGAAUUGCAAAGAUGAGAUCUGUGGCUGUUUGAGGAAUGAUAAGCAUGUAGAUUGUGUGAUCUUGGACGAUGGUGGAUUUCUUCUCAUGUCCAAUCAGGAGGAGUAUAUUACCCUUAUAGGUCAGUUCUUUGGCGAGGUGGAUCCUGUGCUGAUGAACAACCUGGUCAACACCUCGCUGUACUCCUACAACAAGACCUAUGACUACCAGUCUGUCUGUGACCCGGAGAAAGACAGCAAGGCUGCAGCAGGACCCCGCUCUGUCUAUGUGCCUACCAUAGCAGACUUGCUCAGUAUUGGCUGGUGGGCCUCCAGUGCUGCCUGGUCAAUACUCCAGCAGCUGUUCUUUGGUCUAAUGUUUCCCAACCUUCUAGAGGCAGUGGAGUCAGCAGAUGAGGACAUACCAGAUGCCAUGUUUAAAGAAAGCUGUAUCACAGAGCAGACUCAGUACUUCUUUGACAAUGAUGAAAGAUCCUACUCAGGUGUUCUGGACUGUGGAAACUGUUCUAGGAUGUAUCGCGCUGAGAAGCUGCCAAACACUAACCUAGUGUUCCUGAUCACUGAUGCCAGGGCAACAUGUUUGUCCUGUGACCCCAAACCGCUACGACAGGCUGAACAACCCUCUGAAGGUCCAGAUCCAUGUGAGCUGGCUCAGAAUCCCAGAUACCGCAAAGGGCCGGAUGUGUGUUUUGACAACAAUGAAAACGAUGAGCCCUUGUGCCCAAUCAGCAGAGGUUCUGCAUUGAGCCCCACACCCCUCUGCUUGUUUCUGCUGCUGAGUUCAGGGAGGAUGAUUCUGAUUGUGGAGGAGGGACUUGCCUAAGCCCAUGUCUUUGGCCAAUGCUUGGGCUCCAACUGCUGCUGCUGUGGCUCAUCACAUCUUUACAACAUUCAUGACCCCUACACAUACCCACACACCCAUACACACACACACACACACACACACACAAACUGAUCGUCAUCUCAUUUCACAAGAGUCCAGAAGACACAGCGGUUAUGCCAUCCAGGAUGUACGCAGAAUAGUUGCAACAAGACAUGUUUUUUUCUUAUGACAAUAUCAGCAUUUUCAUUUUCCAAUGCCAAAGGGUGCUCAUUCACUUCCUCCUUGUCAUUUUCAAAAAUAGAGACACAUUUACUGUGCUCAGCUGCACUCAUUCCCAUGAUAUACUCCUUAAUACUCUCCUAUGGUGCAAGAGUAAGAGCUAACCAAACCCUUUAAUUCUGCCUCAUUAUUUUCUCUGAUUUGUUUCGCGGAAGUUGAAGAGUUGUCCCACUAUGCCAACUGAAUAUCAUUCAAAUACUGUAUGUUCACUGACAGCGUUGAUUUGUGUAGUUGUCGAUAUUGUUUGUUGCUUAUUAUAUUUAUUGCGUAUGAAUCAUUAUGCUGUAAUGAUUGUUUAUUUCAGCAACCAGUGCAAAUAUGGAGAAUAUCCCUUUUUCUUUGAGUGUUUUUAAAUGUACUGUACCUUUUUAAUUUUUUUUUUUGUAUUCAAAAUCGACUAGCAUUUCGUGACUAGCUAGGUGUUGUAUUGUAGCAGCAUGUGCUCAGUACAGAGCUAAAGACAACACCAGUAUUCUGACACCAAAGCUCCACACAGUACCAAGGACCACAGAUACACACACUCACACACCUACCACAGAGAAUCUGCUGGAUAGUUUAUUUUAAGAAAUUCCUCAGAUGUGGGUGUACAUCAGUAUUCAAGUUACGGUGUUAGAUAGAUAGAUACCUUAGAUACCUCACUGAGAGUUAAGUGAGGUCAGAGAGCAUCCAUAUAAAUUCAAUUAUAUUAGGAUAUUACAAUUUCAAAUAUGUUUGUACUUGGUCUGACAGCUUUGGUUGUCCUUAAUUUGAUGCAUCAAACUCCCAGUGCCUACAUAGUAGCUCAAACAGUCUGUUAUUUGAAUGAAGAAAUGCAUCAGAGUCGUAUUCUUACCAUGCUUCUAUGCUAAUGCUUGCUGCAGUAUUGAUGAGAGAGGGUAGCCCUUGCAGUAACACGUUGUAAAAUGGGCCAAAUCUGCUGCAGUUACUCUAAUUUAUGUGGCCCAGACAACAAUAGAAACAAUCAGUGAUUCUGAUCAUGAGAGAGGAAUAUCAUUUUUCUCUAUGGUCAAAAUAAACAUAAACCAGACUUGAGCUUGUGUUCCAACACUUCUCUUUAUUAGUCCUGUUUCUGUUCCCUUUCUGGAUCACCAGACUCAGGAGCCAAGAUGACUUGUGAAUGAGAUCAGCAUAUCAAAAUGACUGUUUCUUUGUUUUCCUCUCCUUGCUGUUCUCCUCCUUAGGCUUGUUUCCUCUUUGUGUUGCUCUAUAAGUGCUGUGAAGCAGACGCUGAAGGCUCAGUGUCGAAAACGCUGCAAUGUCAUGGGAUGAGCUUGUUCUGUGUUCGAACGCUGUCUACGCCUAUAGUCAGCAUCAGGGCUCGCUGGAGAGGACUUUUUGAGGUUACACUACUACCAAUGAUAAUUUUGCAUAGCCUUACUUUUCCAUUAGUCAUAAAGAUCACAUGGUGCAUGUCUUGUGAGUUUUGAUUUCAUCUGUUUAUUUAAAGUUGAGUUCUCUCCAACUCGCCUUCAUGGUGACCUACUGGUGUUGAGUGUUCAGGUUAUGCCUGUCUAUCAAAGUCGCGUGUUGACUUGUGUUUUACCCCGGGGGUUCCAUGUCUAUGUGCAGGCAUGUGCGUGUUUCCCCGAUAUCUGAUUGUGCUUUAAUACUGUACAUGAAUUACUCUUUUGUGGAACUUGACUAGCCUGAAUACAUUUUGUAUACAUUUGUACACUAAUACUAUUUACUGUAUAAAAGAGAAAAUGAUAGAAAAGAAAAAUGUUUAUAA